AGUGCCACCAUAAAUAAGGAAUUAAGAAUAUUAAGAGUACUUAAAAAUGGAAGACAAUUUAACGAAACAGGCUGAAGAAGUAGAAGCGCUAAGCUCAAUAUACAGCGAUGAUUGGACUACAGAAAGUGAUUUAUCUAAGUCUUAUAAUAUUAAAAUUCAGGAGGGCAAAAAAGAGGCUACUUUGUAUGUAACUAUGCCUCCAAAUUACCCAAGUCAGGCACCACCGAAGUAUGAGCUUUCUGCCCCAUGGAUGGACAGAAAGGCAAAAGAAAAACUACGUUCUGCCUUAGAUGAAGUGUAUUCUGAAAAUGUUGGAGAAACAGUAAUAUUUCAAUGGGUUGAGAAAAUAAGAGAAAUAUUGCAGUCAAUGAAGUCUCCAGAGCCAGUUAAGAAACCUGAGAAGACAGCAUCUGAAGAAGAGAGUUUAGACUUGAGUAAGCUAGAAAUAAACUGUCCAGAGAUCACACAUGGUGAAGUGAUAAUGGAUAGAAAAAGUUCUUUCCAAGGCCACGCAGCUAAAGUAGAAAGUAUUGCAGACGUUAACGCCGUCCUAGCAAAAUUAAAGCAGAACAAAAAGAUAAUACAUGCAACACACAACAUGUACGCAUACCGUAUCGAACGGAAGACUGAGAAAGGGCUUUCGAUAUUGCAAGAUUGUGAUGAUGAUGGAGAAACUCAUGCUGGGGGAAGAAUGCUGCAUUUGCUCCAGAUUUUGGAUCAGAAGAAUGCACUAGUUGUUGUGUCUAGAUGGUACGGUGGCGUCCAACUGGGCCCGGAUAGAUUCCGUCACAUUAACAACGCUACGCGGCAGGUCCUCGUGCAAGCGGGCUUACUUAAAAAUAAAUGACAAAGCCGAAGGAGCAGACCUUGCAGUGGAUCUAAGGCCUUAGAAGUGCCUAGUGACUGAUUCAAAACUCACGUUAAGUAGACGUAGCAUGCUGUCAAAUGUUACAUAACUAUGGAAAAUUCAGGGGAAUUCAUCAUUGACUCAAAAUGUUCUAUUGAUUCUUUUUUUUUACAAAAAAUCGUUUCUCAAUAUCUCAAUUUAUACUAGAGAUAUUAGUGAUUAAAGUCUUUGGUGGGGGAUGUUGCCUUUUUAGCAAAAUGUUCAUUAGUAUACAGUUCGUUUAGGGCGCAUUUAUUCGACACGAAUUUCUGUGCGUCUAACUAUCAUGGCAAAAUACGCUCUAUUUAUUUCACUUUUAUGUUUUAACUUGAAUAAGUGUCACAGGCACGCGGGUGAGCCUGGCUUGAAUUUGGUCUACGCGGCGACCGCGUGGUUGUAUUAUUCAGAGGAAUUUAAAUGUGAAUAGAAU